GAUUUUCCAUGAUUCUGAGAAUACACAUUUAAAAGACCAUAUAGCCGAUGAUUUAAACGAACCUGAUGAAAUUGCUUCGAAUAAUAAACUUGCAGUCUUAAAUGAGGUCAUGCAUUUAUUCACUAGAUUGUAUAAUGGUUCUGAA